GGUAACUAGUUGCUGUCUUUGGCAUUUGUUCAAAGAAAGAUGCCAAGAAUGUCUAAGAAAAUACUAUAUAUAUGGCUGACAAUCUCUGUUGAGGGCAGUGACAUGAGUGACAUCCACCUACCUGCAGGGAGAGGAUCAAACUGGGAUCACAGAUAUGAAGGGGGUUUUGUGCCUGAUCGCUGCAGGUCUUUACCUGUGUCUGCAAAUCCACGUGGAUGCUGAAUCACGUCUAAGCAGAAGUGUCAUUGAAAGAGCUGUGUUUGAGGCCAAGGCCCAAGUCGACUCAGCCUAUGAGUACUCCAGAAGAGAGAGCAUCGAACGUGUGAAGAGGAAUUCAGCCAGUCCUGCAGACGUCCUGCGGUUGAUGAAGCAGCCUGCUGGGGCGACUCGUACGGCUGUACGUGCUGCUGACUACAUGGAUAAUGCGCUGACACUGAUCAAGCGCUCUUUGGGAAGUCGUCAAAAACGCUCCAUCAAUGCCACAGAUCUGAUCUCCGAGGAGGACCUGCGGAUCAUUGCUGAUCUGACAGGCUGCAACGCCCGACAUCGUUUGCCUUCUUGCAGGACGACUCCCAAUUUAGACAAGUUUCGCACCGCAAGCAGCGUCUGCAACAACAGGAAAAACCCGCUCUUCGGAUCCUCCAACACGCCCCUCACACGCUGGCUGCCUGCUGAGUACCAGGAUAAAAUCUCUCUGCCUAAAGGCUGGGACCCCAGGCGGAGAGUCAACAGACGAUUUCUUCCCCUGGUGAGGGAAGUGUCCAACAGAAUUCUGCACACAACAGUUGUGGACACCGACCCGCUCUUCACUCACCUGCUCACCAUCUUUGCUCAGUGGACGGACCACGACCUGUCCUUCACUCCUCACUCUCCCGUCAUUCGCUCAUUCAGCAGCGGCAUUGACUGUGACAAGAGCUGCGAUCGCACAGAGCCCUGCUUCCCCGUUGAGAUUCCCAGGCAAGACCCUCGCUUUGGCAGAAACUCAGAAGAGUGCAUCCCCUUCUUCCGCUCAGCACCGACUUGUGGUUCCGGCAACACUGGCCACCUCUUCGGUGCAGCCACUGUCCGCCAGCAGAUGAACACUCUCACAGCUUUCAUAGAUGCGGGCCAGGUGUACGGGUCAGAUGAGGCCAAAGCUCGCUUACUCCGGGACCUCUCCUCUGAUAAGGGACUGUUGAGGGUCAACACAGAGUUCACUGACAAUGGCCGCGAGCUGCUGCCCUUCGAAAUGAAGAGUACCAACAUGUGCGCCACACGAGCUCGCAUUACCAGAAACAACAAUGCGCAGGAGGUGCCCUGCUUCCUCGGUGGUGACGAGCGAACCAAUGAGAACAUUGCUCUGACCUCUCUGCACACACUGGGGCUGCGUGAACACAACCGUCUGGCUCGCGGUCUCGCCAAACUCAACCCUCACUGGGACGGAGAGAGAAUCUACCAGGAGGCGCGCAAGAUCAUGGGAGCAUACUUCCAGAUUCUUACCUACAGGGAUUUCUUGCCCCGCAUUAUUGGCCCAGACGCCGUGAACAAGUUCCUUCCCGCCUACACUGGUUUUGAUGAAAAGGUGGACCCAGGCGUCUCCAAUGUGUUCGCCACCGCUGCCUUCCGGUUUGGCCAUCUGAUGAUCCAGCCUUUCAUAUUUCGCCUUGAUGAGAAAUACACGGCACAUGAAAAGUACCCCACCACCUUGCUGCACAGAUCCCUCUUCACACCAUGGAGAGUCGUCUUCGAGGGUGGUUUGGACCCGAUCGUGAGGGGGCUGGUGGGCCGUAGAGCCAAGCUGAACACGCAGAGACACAUGCUGACUGAUGAGCUGAGGGAAAGGCUAUUCAAAUUCACCGCUGACUUGGCUCUGGACCUUGGAGCUCUCAACAUGCAGAGAAGCAGAGACCAUGGGCUCCCCGGCUACUCCAAAUGGCGUGAGUUCUGUAAUCUGUCAGUACCAAGAAAUCGGAGACAGCUGAGAACAGUGUUGCAAAACAAAACAAUGGCGGACAGCCUGAUGGAUCUCUACAGAACAACCAAGAACAUUGACGUGUGGCUGGGAGCAGCGUCUGAGCCCCUUGUUCGUGGAGGAAGAGUGGGACCCCUGUUCGCCUGCCUGAUUGCCACUCAGUUCCAGAAGAUCCGCCGAGGAGACCGUCUUUGGUGGGAGAACAAAGGAGUCUUCACUGACGCCCAGAGGGAAGCCCUGAAGAAGACAUCAUUUGCUCGCAUCAUCUGUGACAACACUGGCAUCACUGAAUUGCCAAAACAGCCCUUCGAAAACACGCCAGUGUCCAAACUCACUAAGUGUAGCAACAUCCCGGUCGUGGACCUCUGGCCAUGGAAGGAGAAUAUCAAAUAGAAACUGUCAGCGAAGUGGUCUGAGUAAAAUCCGGAGUCCUUUCUUGACAUGACAUUCUCAAAAUACGACUAAAACCUGCAUCAUGAUUUUAAUUUAAGUACUUGCUUGCUUUGCUGUGCUGAAUGACAAACGUUCCCUCGUAGAAUUUUCCUGCAUUUUAACUUGUAAAAAUGUCAGGCCAGGUGCAGCUGCUGUGGGCGCUGAUGUGAUAUUUUCUUGGUUCCUUUUUAAGUUUUUCUUUUUUUUUUUUUCUUCUUCAAAUUGUAAACCACGUCAUACUUUGGAUCAAAGUGUGCAUGACAAAAUGGGAUAUUUUCAAAAAAAUGACCUGUAAUGAUUACAUGUGUUACAAGUUUAACGUAAUCAGUAAGUCGGAAUAAUUACGACACAGCAUUCUCUCUUUUUUUUUUUUGGAUAGUAGUAAAAUGACACUGAUCAUCUUAACUCAACUUUAUCUGCAUAUGAAUGAAGAGAAAAUGUUUUUAAAAAAAAAAGAAGAAAAAAGUAGCCAUUCUGCAUUAAAAUGUCUAAAAACAA